AGACGCUAGAGGAGGCAGAAGCAGCAGCAGCAGCAACCUGUACCCACCGAGAAGGAGCGCACUCCAGGAGAGACAAGACUCCUCUGACAUCAAACUUCUGUCCACAGACAAUUUGAUUAAACAAACAAACAAACUCUUGAUAAAAGUGAUUAUUUCACAUUAACCGCGCGCAUGCUGGUUGUUUCUUCUAAAAUGUAAGAUUUGUUGUUUGGAUGAUGCGCUUCUGGAUUAACGCGUGGUGAUAGAGGGCGAUUCUGUGCACUUGGAAAAAAUAUGUAAGGUUGUCCAGGCAUCUUAGACUGCAGUUUUACCCUCACACAGCCAUGAAAUCUGUGCUGGAUGGUGUGGCGGACACCACAUUCCGGACUAUUACAUCUGGUUUACAGUAUCUGGGCUCCAAUGAUGCCAACUAUGACGACUCCAUCAAUAAUGCAGACUUUAAGGGCAGCUUCUCUAUGCAGAAGCCCUUAUCUGCUUUCCGCAGCAACUCUUUCCCAAACAAAGUACCUGCAGAUGAAGAGCUCAUCCUGAAAGGCAUCCCCUUCUUCCCCACUAAUGCCACUGACUUGUUUGGCAACAGGAGCACACAAAUAGAUGAGACUAGCAACAUACAAUGUGGGGAGAACUUUAUGGACAUGGAAUGUUUCAUGAUCCUGACACCCAGCCAGCAGCUGGCUGUGGCUGUGAUGUCUCUGACACUGGGUACCUUCACAGUGCUGGAGAACCUGGUGGUGCUCUGCGUCAUCCUGCAGUCCCGCACCCUCCGCUGCCGGCCAUCCUACCACUUCAUUGGCAGUCUUGCUGUUGCUGACCUGCUGGGCAGCGUCAUUUUUGUCUACAGCUUUUUGGACUUUCAUGUUUUCCACAGGAAGGACAGCCCUAAUGUUUUCCUCUUCAAACUGGGUGGAGUCACAGCAUCAUUCACAGCAUCUGUUGGGAGUCUUUUUCUCACUGCAAUUGACCGUUACAUCUCCAUUCACCGCCCUCUUGCCUACAGACGCAUUGUGACACGGACCAAGGCUGUCAUAGCCUUCUGUAUGAUGUGGACAAUCUCCAUCAUCAUUGCAGUGCUACCUCUGCUGGGCUGGAACUGUAAACGUCUCAAUUCUGUUUGCUCAGACAUAUUCCCCCUCAUUGAUGAGAAUUACCUGAUGUUCUGGAUUGGUGUAACAACCAUCCUGGUUCUUUUCAUUAUCUACGCCUACAUAUAUAUCCUGUGGAAAGCACACCACCAUGCUGUGCGGAUGCUGAGCCGUGCUUCACAGAAGAGUCUUGUUGUCUACUCAGCAGAUGGGACUAAAGUGCAGACUACAAGGCCUGAGCAGGCACGAAUGGACAUCCGUCUGGCAAAGACCCUUGUGCUUAUCCUGGUGGUCCUGGUUAUCUGCUGGGGCCCUUUGCUUGCUAUCAUGGUCUAUGACCUCUUCUGGAAGAUGGACGAUGACAUCAAGACAGUAUUUGCAUUCUGCAGCAUGCUCUGUCUGCUCAACUCCACUGUCAACCCAAUCAUCUACGCCUUGAGGAGCAAAGACCUGCGGCAUGCCUUCCUCAGCUCCUGCAACGCCUGCAGGGGCAGUGCCCAGCAGCUGGACAAUAGCCUCGAGUCAGAUUGCCAGAACAGAAAUGCCAACAUCUCUGCCAACAGGGCUGCAGAGAGCUGUGUGAAGACCACUGUGAAAAUAGCCAAAGUAACAAUGUCUGUGUCGACUGAAACUUCUGCAGAAGCUGUCUAAUUGGUCAGCAUGGGGGAAAAUGUGUAAAUAUCAUCCUUCCCAAACAAUGCCAUCCAACAUAAAAGAAGCUUAGGCAUUCCACAGAAAUCCUCUCCUGAAAGUGUUGACUUACAUCCUCACAUAGACGCUUCAGUGGUUUCAUAAUUUUAUGUUUGUGUAUGAGUACAGAGUGUGCCAAAGUGCCAAAUGGUUCUGCAAGAUCAUAGAAAGGACUCAUGAUGGGAAAGGAUAAUGAAAGACUAUCAUAAGUCUGUUGUUAUAGACUAUAUGAUAUCCAAUUAGCAAAGGCAUAUUAUAUUUUUGUACUGUAAAUUCAGGUUUUGAAAAAAAAAUUAUUUCUUCAUUUAUGGGAUAAGGGGCUACUGACAUUUUUAAGUAGAGAUGUUUUACAGUGUCAUUUAAAAUUUAACAUGUGUCUUGCAUCAUAAAUACAAUUCAUUGCACCUUGACUUUCUACAGGCUUCAUGUCACAUAUAGACAUUUAUAUAAGUUUAAUUGACUGAAUGUUUUUUUUUCCCCCAAAACUACUGUUAAACAUGCAAUUUUUGUAUGUUGUCUGACAACACUCAGCGAGUAGCAAAUGUAUAAAGAGAUUUUUUAGAUAUGACAGAAGAAAGAAGAAAAAAAACAUCAUUGUUACUAGAUAGAACUGAAAAGACUCAGAUUUUGAGUUUUAGGGAUCCUAAACUGCAUUUUCUGUGGCAAAGUGAUUUCUUUGCUCGCUAGUUAUUACACCUGCUGGGGUAACAUGUCUUUAUUCAAUUGUAUACCUAAAAACUGUACAGUGUUCUCUUGCAAAAUAAAGUGUUCAAAUCGAGUCAUUCAGCUAUACAGCCAACAUAACAUAAACACCAAGCUGUUGGUGAAAGCUUGAAAAGAUAAAAACUGAUUUAAGGCGCAGUGUGCUGGUCACUACUGUAGAAGACUAAAGUGGUUUCCGACCAUAGCUGCUUUCAUCAGAUGUAUGGCUUUACUGAAUACAGCCUUGUAUGUGUGUGAAACCUCGUGACUUUGUGAUCUAUUUCCACAGCCUUUUGAACAUUGCAGUGAGUUGUUUUAGUGCUACUGUUGCAGUGGGGUAUCAUUUCAGAAAACAAAAGGAACCCAUGCACAGGGCUAGUGAAGUAGUUUUGGCGUAACUUUAAAUAAAAAUAUGUCUGCUGUUAUUUUCUACUAAAACAAAUAAACAAAGGUCUUUUUUCAGCAGCUGGUGAACUAAAUGGAAGUUUGUCUGUAAGUACUCUGUGGCACUGAAAACUGACCUUACAAAAGAUAAUGAGAAGAUGUGAUUUUUUCCAAUAGAUGAUGUAGUACUUUGAAUCUACAAAGCUCAUGGCACAAUUGUUCUGUAGACAUUUAUCUUGGUGUGAAGUUAUCCAGACAGCUGUUUAUCAGUAUGCUUUGCUGCCUCUUGUAAUUUUGAGUAUUGAAGAUCAAAAUGUCAACUGUCAAGUGGCUUCUGUACAUUGGUGGCAUUAUGAGGAAUCUAUGACUUAAAAAUCACAAUCAGUCAAGUGUUUCUAGAAUUGCUGUUUUCAAACUUUUGAAUAAAGUUGCAGCUGGUGUCA